CCACCGGCAGCAGCCCCCCCUCGCCCCAAACGAGCCGCUUGGGACCUGAAGGGCCAAGUGAACGACUUGCGGGAGGCGUUGGGCAGCUGCCGGGAGAAGGCGCGAGGACUGGACGGGGAAAACCGGCUGCUACGGGAACAAGUGGGAACGCUCCAACGGGAUUUACAGGAGCGGGAAUUCCAGGAAAAAGACCUCAACCAUCGCCUGGGGACUCUCAGUGCAGAGCUGCUGGCUUGCCGGGAGGAAUUGGCCCAGCGGCGGCGGGAAGCAGAGGAUUUGGCGGCAGAGAAACAGCGGCUGGAGGAAGAGGUCGAACGGGGCGGACGGGCGCUGGCUGAGGCUGAAGGGAAGGCGCAGGAUCUGGCUGCUCGGUUGGAAGAGAGGGAGGCACAGCUGAAGCUGGCAGAGGAGACGCUGCAGCAACACGCAGCACGGGCAGCAGAGCUGCAGGUGCAGGCAGCUGCCCAGGAGCAGCAGUUGGGACAACAGGAGGAACGACUCCACGGGCUGGAAAUGGAGCGACGUCGUCUCCAUAAUCUUGUCCAGGAGCUCAAGGGCAAUAUCCGCGUCUUCUGCCGUGUCCGGCCGGUGCUGCCCGAGGAAGAGGAGCGACAAAAGGGCCUGGAGCAUCUCCAUUUCCCCCCCCAGGACAACAAGAUGCUGGUGCUUUCCAGGCCAGAGGAGUCUCACGUGGGGCGCGAACGCCGGGGUGACAUCCGUUACGACUUCAGCUUUGACCGUGUCUUCCCCCCGAGUGCCUCGCAGCAGGAGAUCUUUGAGGAGAUCGCGUUGCUGGUGCAGUCGGCGCUGGAUGGAUAUCAUGUCUGCAUCUUUGCCUACGGACAGACGGGCAGCGGGAAGACUUACACCAUGGAAGGACCGGACACGCUGGAUCCCGAAACCAGGGGCAUGAUCCCACGGGCAGUGCAGCAGGUUUUCCGGGGAGCCCGAGAACUGACAGAAAAAGGUUGGGAAUAUGGUUUCACCGCCAGCUUCUUGGAGAUCUACAAUGAAUCCUUACGAGAUCUGUUGGCCGGCCGGCCAGAACGCGGAGCUGAGUUGGAAAUCCGGCGAGUCAGCUCGACCAGCGAGGAACUGCACGUCCCCAACCUGCGUUGUGUCCCCGUCACCUCCGAAGAGGAGGUACUGGGUUUGCUGCAAACGGCGGCUGCUAACCGCUCGGUGGCCCGGACGGCCCUGAACGACCGAUCGUCCCGUAGCCACUGUGUCUUCCAGCUCCGCAUCCGAGGCUCCAAUCCUGCCCGGGACCUGCACUGUGCCUCGGUGCUGAGCUUGGUGGACCUGGCGGGCAGCGAGCGGCUGGACAAGUCGCUGUCACGGGGGGAGCGGCUGCGGGAGACACAGGCCAUCAACCCCAGCCUCUCCACCCUGGGGCUGGUCAUCAUGGCGCUCUCUAACAAGGAGCCCUAUGUCCCUUAUCGCAACAGCAAGCUGACAUACCUCCUGCAGAACUCCCUGGGGGGCUCUGCUAAGAUGUGA